AUGAGAGCACAAGGCCGCACAUCACAGGGCUUCCCUCGCUGGCAUGUGAAUGCCUGUCGCUCUGAGGUUGGAUAUGGUUGGAUGUUGCAAAAGGCAGUGAGUUGUUUGAGCAGGGAUGCACUGUUGGAGCUGUGGACGGCAGUCUACUUGGCGAAUGUGGGCCUUUUUGGGGUCUCAGUGAUGAGUUGCUUACAAUCAGUCCUACAAGCAAGAGUGAGGAUGUCGACGAAGACCAUCAAUUCGAAGAUGAGCCACGUGUUUCCGCCUUACGCUCUGCAGCUACAUCAACAGGCAAAGGAGACCCUUGCAGCUGCUCGAGGCACGAGCCACUUGACAGUCUGA